CUUUAAUCCAACUAUAAUCUUUGAUGUUUUGCUGUUGUGUUGUUUUAUAAAUUUUGUCACAAAAAUAUUAGCAAAACGUUGUUUUCUUCUGUUUUUUGCGUAUAAACUACAUUAACGUUAACAUCUAUGAGGUGUGAAAAUGGAUAGACUUGUUCAAUUGCGGGGUGAACCCGGAGGCUCGCGCGACUCCUCUCUGGAUAGUACAGCCUCUCCAAAUGAAGCCUACAUUACCGCUAACGAAAGCUCCAAAUACUUUUCUUUGGGUGAAGAAGACUCCUCAUUUGAUAUUUCACCAAUAAAAGAUGUCUCUUUAGCAUCCUCUGCCGAGCCUGAUAAAGCGAUCACUGGAAAUGACGAACUCAUAUCUAACCUGUCGCCGAUUCCGAAAAAGAAUGAUCUGCUAGAUAGUUACAAAUUGGGUAAACAAAUUGAAGCAGCCAAUAUUUUAUCAGGAGGAGUGGCUAUAUUUGACGACAAUGAUAACUCGUAUGAUGGUGAUGAACUCGUUAUUGAUGAUAAUGUUGUUGAAAUUGAUGAUAAGUCUAAUCCUGAAAUGAAAUUGAUGGAGAAUGCUGGGAUUCCAUUUCAAAAAUCUGAGGAUAUGACUGACUCUAUGGAUAGUGAGGCGGCUGUUGCUAGUAAGGAUACUGAGGUGAUGCUGCAGAUUGAUGGGAAGAAUGUCAAUGCAAUAGAUAUUGGCAAUGGACUGUACCUGUACCGCAAGGAGGGCGAGGAGGAGCUGGCUGCAGUGCAGAUUGCUGUGGAUGACCCACAACAACCCAGCUUCAAGUUUUUGAAAGUGCGUGAAAAUGAGGAAGGAAAUUUAGAAGUUUAUGAAGAAAUAGAAAUUGAAGUACCAAAAGAAGGGCCCUCGCAAGCAAAGACUGUUGAAAAGAGUGCUUCUCAUGUUCCCAUUAAAGACAUCAACAAAGUCAUAAAUGAUCCAACUGGAAAUAAGUCUGUAGAGAGGAAGAAGCCUUUACAGCAGGAAACAGUGACACCUACAACAAGUAAUGAUAUGGAACCCACUAACAAACUGGUACCUCCUGAAACCAAAUCUGAAAUAAACUUAUUUGGAAAGACAAUGAAAUUGAAUGAGACCCGUAAAUCUCCAGUUAUUCAUUCUACUCCCAACAAGGAAGGUAUACCUCUGACUAAGACCAUGGUGGACUUGCAGUUACAUCCCAAUAGGCAUUUGGACAAUGUAAAAACUAUUGAAGUGCAUACAGAUGGCAGUAAUAAGCGACCAACAGAUUCACUGACUAAAAAUAAAGACGAUGACUUAAAGCCUGAACAUGAUACAUGUGAAAUAGAGAAACCAGACAUUGUAACUGAGACUAAAGAAGAUCAUUCAAAGAAACUAGUUGACAUACAAGUUGAGAAUGCGGGUCAAAAGGAUAUACAGAUCAUAGAAGAACUUGGAGCUGAAAUGACUGACACAGUAGACAUACCUAAAUUCUGUACAAAAGUUGAAACAGAAGAUAUAUCUAAGAAAGUAGAGGAUACUCCAAAGAGUGAAGAGAAAACUGUUGAUAUUGGAGUAACUCAGAAAGUAACAAGUGCUACAGUAAAUAUUAAGGAAAAUAUAGAUAAUAAGAUUAAGGAAAACGGGAAAGUUGAUAUGAUUGAAAAUGCAAAUCAGCUAUGUGAUAAAUUACCGGAUGGCACUAUCUGUGUUAAAGAUGAUAAUUCUAAUAUAACUCCCUCAAAGGAUAUACAGACUACCAAACCUUGUUUGGAAGUAAGCAAGCCUGAGAGUUGCCAGAUUCUUUCCGCGCAAGAAGCUUCGGAAAUCAAAACUAAAACCGAAAUUAAAGAGGCUUUUAGUUUAGAACAAACUUCUUCUAAUUUGCCUGAAGAAACUGAUUCACAGAAAGAAACAGACAUUGAAGGGGGUAAUCAAAUUGAACCUAAAAAUGCCGCAGAUUCUAAGAUAAACAGGGAUAGCUCUGAAACAUCUUGCAAAGAUUUAGAUAUAAAUCCUGAAGGUCAGCCCCAUGAAACGCAAAAUCCUAUCGAUAUUGCUGGAACUGCUUUAUCAGAACCAGCAAAUAAAAUGGAGAAUCCCAAAGGAGACAAUUUAAAAGAACUUAAACAAGGAACUCAAUCUACCUUAGAAGUCCCGAAAAGUUUUGUGUCUGCUAUAAAUGAUCACCCUGAGAAAGGAGAAAAUGUCGAGAAAGGUCACAAAGCCCAAGAUAAACAGAACAUUAUGGAAUCCAUUGCGAAACCUCAACAGAAUAUUACAAAAGCACAGGAGAAAACCAAUAAAAAAGAAGACAUUGAUAACCCACCAAACAAAAUUACGAAAGACGACGACAAACCAAUAUGUAAAGUGUCUGAAAAGGCAUCUGAGCAAGCACAGAACAUUACAAAAGGCCAAGCCUUACACAUAAAUAAAGAAGUCUCUGAAAGAGCUACACAGAGUAUGUUUAAAGAGCAAGAUAAUAACAUUUGCAAACAAGUUUCUGUACAAAAUGUUUUGGAAAAGCAAGAGAACCUGAAAAGUAAAGAUGUUUCAGAAAAGCCGUCACAAGAUAUUUUGAAAAAACUAGACAAGAUAAACAAAGAGGUCUUUAAAAAAGCCACUCAAGAUGUUUUGAUAACCAAAGACAGACACUUAAACAUAAAUAUUUCUGAUAAAUCUACACAGAAUAUUUCCAAAGACAAACAGAUACCUAAAGAAGUCUCUGAAAAAAGGUCACACAAUAUUUUAAAGGAUGAUGAUGGUAAACAGUUAAAUAAAGAAAUGUCAGAAAAACUUGGACAAAAUAUUACUAAAGACCAAGUUAAACAAAAUAAGCAAGAAAUUAUUCCAAAAUCUGUUCAAAAUAUUUCAAUUGAGCAAGUCAAACAGAGUAAUAAAGGAGUGACUGAAACACUUGUAAAGCAAAAAGAAGACGCUAAGCAGACAAUUUUAUAUAAAAAGGAAAUUAUAAAAGACCACAAAGACAACGCGAAUGAUAAUGUAAAAAUAAAUGAAUCUGCAGUAACAAUAAUUAGCCAAACUAAACCUAAUAUUAAGAGGGAAACUACAAGUUUAGACCAACAACCUAUUAAAAUCAGUAAUAUUGCUGUUCCUUUCGGGAAAUGGACUGAAGCAAACAGACAAGAGUUUUUAAAUAAAAUAAAGGAAACUAAGAUUCCUACUACGUCUUCCAACACUAAGUCGUUAAAGCAGGCAAAUGAUCUAAAUAGAAGGGAUGUACUUAAAAAAAUUGAUAGCCAAAGGCAGUCUGCAUGUAAUGCCUUAUCUCUCAAGACUCAAGAAGCUUCCAAACUAAACAUUAAGAAUGAGGCACCUACAUUUAUAAAUAAACCCGCUGCCUCCCGUGAAACCAAGGUACCUGUGAAAACAGAAUCACAAGUGUUAAAGAAACCACAACCACCUUUACCUAAACCAAGUGUAAAGACUGAAAUAGCACAGACAAGUAAAAAAGUACUUCCUAAAGCUACAGUGGGUACUUUAAGUGUCAAUAAACAAGAAGUACCACAGCGGAAAGAAAUAAAUAAUCAAGAUUUAAUCGAUAAAACUAUAGAAGGUAUUAUAAAUAGAGCUGUGACUACCACACAUAAAGAGAGUUUACCAAAGGAAGUUAUAAAACACAAAUCGGAAUCUAUUUCUGUCGAUAAUAUCAAACCGAAAGAAAAACAAUCUUCGGCAUUGGACGCCAUAGAGUCGAAAAUGAAUGAAUUACACGGAAUUCCCUUUAUAGAGAGACCCCCUCAUGAAUUGCCCAAAGUUUAUCAUCGCGAUAUUAAAACAUAUGCAAAAGCGGAUUGCAAGAAGUUAGCUGCUAACAAGGUCAAUAAUAAGCCAAGUGUACCAUUUGUUCAAAAAACUACUCAGGACACUAUCAUAGACUUGGACUCUGAAGAUGAAGUUAUUGAGCAUGAGCCAAUUACUGGAGACAUUAACUUAAAACCAAAAAAUAUAGUGUCUAAAAUUGUCGCAUUACCAACUAUCGAUAAAGUAGCAGAACAAAGAAAUAUUGAUGCUUCUAAGAAAGAAACUAUCAUCACUGAGAAAGAUUUUGAGCAGUUUGCGAGAAGAAACUCUAUUACUUAUGAAAAUCGUCUGACUGUUAAUUUUGAAGGCAAUAAACAACAUAAUGUGACACAUAGUGUAGUACCUAAGGAUACAAAUAAAAAAGACGCCAAAAAUGAAGUAGUUCCCCUUGAAUCCAAAGCUGUGGUGCUUCCAAAGCAAAAACCAAUAAUGGUUAGUAACCCAAUGAACACCAUUCAAAUUAAUUCAAAGAUUGUGCCUGUUAACGAAGAAAGUUAUCAAUCAAAAUUGCAAUUAGCUUAUCAGUCUGCGCUGACUACUACAAAACGCCCGAUGGAGUCACCUAUAACCAUAAUUGAGGAUAAACCUGUGAAAGUUGUAUUUUUGGAUUCCAAUGCUGCCUUCCCACAAAAUCAAUUAAACGUACGAGGACGAGACCUAUCACCGAUGAAAAAACAAGUAUUAGAUAACGAGUCGAUCACUAAUAGUGUUGGUGACUCACUCGACUCUGAUGUUCUCGACUCCAUCGACGAAAUCAAAACACAAGAUGAACCAAAAGUCAAAAGUAAACAUCAGCGGAAACAAGUUUUGACACCAGUUGAAACACCUGAAUUAGAAUUAAUUGUUCCAAGAGAUCUAGCAAUAGAUGAAUCACCUAAAAAGAAACGAAAAAUUGAAGAUACUAAAUUGGAGAAGAAUUCUAAGGCUCUCGUGCCGAAAAAAUCAUAUCUACUCGGCCGUAGUAACGUGGCUGAAGAUUCUAUGCGUCAACAGGAUCAGUCUAAAAAUACACUUAAAGAAACAGCAAUUCAGAAUAAUGCUGUUGUUAGUCACAAAGAUGCUGCUUCUGCAAUAGAUAACUUGGUUAAAGCCGCUGAAUUAAUAGAAACCCAAUCCGAAACCUUAAAAGCUAGUCCUGCUGUGGUUAGCACUGAUAAUAGCCAGCAAGUAACAACCGUGAAGAGAGGCCGCGGUCGGCCAAGAAAGUACCCUUUGCCGGAAGGUACCCCAGCCAAAAGUAACGCAUCGAGCCCACAGAAGAGGCCUCGCCUUAUUGAUGCCAAACAAAAGAAAGAUUCGUUUACUACGGACGAAGAUGACUCUGAUGAAGAUGACAUAAUGAUUAGAGAAAACUGGACUAUGGGAAAAAUAAACGAAAACAUUGUGUGUCCCAUAUGUAAUAAACUGUUUCGAUCUGAAAAUGUUGUUUUCAAACAUGUAAAACAUUGCACUGGACCAUCUCCUAACCGCUCCGACUCUGACAAACGAAGCACUCGGAGAUCGAGGCUGCGGGACUCUGAUUCCAAAUCUAUAAGUAGUAAAUAUGAUGAUGAUGAUGUAGAUUCAGAAGACUCGGCACCAAAGAAAAGUACGCCGAAAAAGCGAAAAUCUAAGGAAAAAAGCUCUGAUGGUAAAGAAGACAUAAUUGUCAUAGAAGAUACCCCAAUGAAAGAAAGGGCUGAGAAACGUGAAAACGCGAAAUCACAAGAAUCUAAAAAAGUGACAAAAACUAAAGCUGAGUAUAAAACAUCGAUGCUUUCUUGUGAACACUGCGGUAAAACUUUCCGACAGUUAUCCUAUUUGGUAAACCACAAACUACUUCAUAAGAAAGAAACUGCGAAUAAACAAGCAGAAACCGAUGCCCAAGUCGGUGAUAAGUCGGUUUUCAGUUGCGAAGUGUGCAAGAAGGAAUUCAGGAUGCUACAUCACUUAGUGCAGCAUCGACUAAUACAUAAUCAAAAUAAUGCUCCGUCUAGGCCAUCUAGAAAGAGCUCUUAUGAGCAAAGCGUAGACAACAAAAGCAAAAAAGAUCAGGACUCUAAGCAAAAUGAGGAUUUAAGUGCAGCAUUCCGUUGCGAGCAGUGCGAUAAAUCAUUUCGAAAAUUACACCAUCUGGUUGAACAUCGCGCGACUCAUUCAUGCAUUAACAAACAGAAGAGCACGUCUCAGGUUCAGCCCAGUGCUGAGAAGGGGUCACCUACGCCGCCUUACAAGUGUGACAUUUGUAAGAAACCUUUCCGAAAUUUGCAUCAAUUAAUCGAACAUAGAGAACAACAUGUGGAAACAAGUUCUGACAAAUCAGAUGAUAAAAGUGUUAAGAGUGUUAAAAGUAGUCUAUCCACGAAAGAUAUUAUCCAUGAAUGUCCCCUUUGUUACAUGGUCUUUCCUAAUGAGCAUUCAUUGAAUAAACAUUCAAUAAAUUGUCAAAGGAAAAAGAAACAGACUGCUGCGAAACAAGCUAAGCAAUUGGAGGAAAAUAAGAAUGAUAUUACCGAAAAAAGCGAAACUGAUAAAGAAAAGGCAACUGAAGUUGAACUUGAACCAACUCCGGCUGUUAAAAAUAUCGAACAGGUUACCACUUCCGAAAAGAUGGAUGAUAAGUCGGUGCCUGUUAUUGAAAAAGAAGUUCAAGAAAUACCAGACAAAGAAGCCAGUUUAUCUAAGGAUGGCAUGAAGCUUUCGGAGCAAAUUACUUUGCCCAGUAAGAGAGAUUCUGAAGAACCCAUAAGCUCUAUUGCGGAAGCUACCGAAAAUGCGCCAAAAAUACCACAUAAAAUUAAGAAAGUGGCACCGAAAUCCGAAGACGAUCUUCCACUCAAAGUUAUUACUGCGGCCAAAAAGAAAUUAUUUGUAAAAGGCAAGGGCUCUUCACCUGUGAUAAAACGAGACAAACCCAAUAUUGCACCCGACAACGUGCCUGAAAGUGCGGCAGUUGAGUCGAGUGAUGAUGACGAGGUACGUUACAUGUUAAAUCCAGAUUUCAUUGAAGAAAACUUGAAGGGGAAAGUAUUUAUGAAAGUUAAAGCGCGGAAACGCAACUCUCUUCAAAUCGAAAGACCGAAUUCCAAAGAUUUAGUAAAGAGGCGAACCUCGCUACAACAUCCACCUAAGAUUCCACGUUUAAAGGCAAAAUUGACUGAGAAGAGUGACAUAAUCAACACACAAGUAAACACUUCAAGAAAUACAAAAGUGGAGCCCGUGUCUUCUACAGAUUCGGACGACAGUGAUGUUAAAUAUUCUUUCCCUGAAAAGCCUACGCAGACCACAGAGCCAGAAAAGACACCCAAGGAAAAGAGAAAACCGCUCGGCGAGAAGCGAAAGACCCUCAGCGGCAUAGCGAGGAGGAAGUCGUUAGGAAAAUCGGUAACAGCGAAACACAAAGAAAAAAUAUCGCCUGUGAAAGAAAUUAAACGACGCAGAGGGGAGGUGGAGCACCGCUGCGACUGCGGGCAGCUGUUCAACAGCGCGGCGCUGCUGGCGCGACACACGUCGCUGGCGCACACGCCGCCGCGCGUGCGCCGCCGCCGCCUCGACGACCAGCCGCCCGCCGCCCCGCUCGCCCCCGCCGCCCCAGCCGCCCCCGCCGCGCGCAAGUCCGCGUCCGCCGGCAAACCUCAAGCCACUGACUCGAGGAAAUCCAGCGCCCGAAGCGACGGCGGCAAGCCCCAAGCCACCGACUCGAGGAAGUCCAGCGCCCGCAGCGACGCCGGCAAGCCGGGCCGCCCCCCCGGGAAGCCGGCGCGCCGCUCGGUCCGCGACGCGUCUCCCGCGGGGGCGACGUCCGCUUUGAAGGCGCGAAAGUCGGCCGCGCACCGAGGUGUGCCCGUGCCCGAGAAAAUGAAAAAGAUUAUAGAUAAACUGAGGAAGUGAGCCGGCGCGGGCGCGGCAGGACUGAAUUAUUCGGGAGCGGAAGCCGGGCACGGAAUAGACGAAUCGCUAGAUUAUUUUAGAUAAAAUGCAACGCGACGCUCACAAUAAUGUAACAGACGGACCAUGUAAUAUAUAUAGAAGUAUUUUUACAAAUCUAGUGAUCUACCAUCGAAUAAUAUUUUUGGUAAUGUUGCAGCGUUGAUCUUGUCUAUGAUAUGUAAAUGAGCGAACUAAAAAUCAUAGAUUAUAAUUUUGUCAAUUCGAUCUAUUUAGACGUUUUAUAAGAGUAAAAUAUUUAUGUUUUCGUUAGUAUUAAGAGUCAGCCUUUGUUAUUGUAGAAAGUGCAAUUUCAGUUUGUAUUUUCGUGUGCGUCACACGUAGAUGAUUAUUUAAUUUACUGGUUUGAAAUACUUUUGUAGAUGAGGUCUAAUUGUUUUUAAGUCUUAAUUAAUGAAAGUGGAGAUGAGCGACAUUGAUGAAUUCUAUGUUGACUUCCCCAGCCAAAUAUUGAAUGAGCUAACAUAGCUAAAUCUACCGAUUUUCUAUAUCAAAUAUAUGGACUAUGUAGUUAUAAUUGAUGCGUUCGUUGAUGUUGGUGACAAGCAUGGCGCGAGCGCGGAAAGCGUGACUUGGCGUCCCGAAUUGCAAUAUGGUGAUUUUGUGUCGGAACAAUUACGAGGUCGCUUGCUUUACACGAUUAUCGUCUGAAGCUCAAAUUCGACUAAAUAUAAAUUGUAUUUACACCGACGAGUAACUCGUGGCGUUUUAAAGAAUA